AUGAAGUGCGACCACCACGGCUGCGGCCGCCAGGUCACCUACCACAAGCUCGACGACCACAAGAGCGCGUGCCCGCUCGCGCCCUGCAGGUGCCCGGUGCCCGGCUGCGGCUUCGAAGGCCCGCCGCCGGCGCUCCCCCUCCACCUCAGCGCCAUCCACUCCAUGCCCGUGCACGCGGUUCAGUACGGCAAGGUGCUCCAGCUCGAGGUGCCGGUGUCGGAGCCGCGGCGCCUGCUGUUCGCGGAGGAGGACGGCCGCGCGUUCCUCGUGGUCGGCGGCUCGCUCGGCCUGGGCGUGCCCAUCGCCUUGUCGGUCGUGUGCAUCAGGGCGGGGGCGUCCCCGCCGCCGCACUACAUGGCCAAGGUGUGGGCGAACGGGCCGCCGGCGGUGGCCAACGACAGGACCGACGCGGUCCGAGCGGAAAUCCAUGUGACGAGCAGCAAGGAGCCCGGCACCGUCGCCGUGGAGGAGCUGACCUUCUUGACGGUGCCACACAAGCUGCUGGCUGGGGCUGGCCCGUCCAGGACGGUGUCCCUCCACGUUCGCAUUGACAAGGUCACCUCCUAA